AUGAAGAAGAGAAGAAGGGAUCUUUUUAUUUCUAAGCCCAUUACGUACUACUCUGUAUUUGAUGAAAUUAUCACCAAAUCUCUUAAGCUUCAUCCUGAUCCUAGUGGAUUAGAGAGUUUUGAAUUAUGCAUCCCUUUUAAAUAUGCUUCAACAGCGAUUCCUGAUGUGAACAAAUGGAUACUCUAUUUAUCAUCUUGGAGGAACAAUAUCAAGAAAUUAACCUUAAUCUACAAUGAGGUAUGGACCAGGGAUGUUAUGGAUCGUCAUAAGUUACCCACCUAUUUCUUCUCUUUGCUAAAUUUGACAUCCUUGAAGCUCCAGAAUGUUGUUCUUUCGCCACCGCCAGAUUUUAAAGGCUUCCUUAAUCUCGACGAAUUUAUACUUAUUGGGGUUGGCUUUGCAGACAACUGUUUUGAAAGUUUUCUUUCCAGCUGCCUCCUUCUUACAAGGCUAGUGCUACAUGGCUGCUCUGGCAUUCAUCAUUUUAAUAUAAGUGGUUCUAAUCUCAAGAAUCAUCAAACGGUUGCUAUAACCAGUCCUCCUGAUCUCAUCAUGUUUGUGCCCGGUAGCUCGCCUCAAGUCAAAAUACUUCGUCUUGAUGGAAUGUUUCUGCACUACUUACCAGUUGAUCCGGGUAUGCUAUCUUUAGAGAUUCUUCAACUCAAAGGUGUAAACUUUAUGGACUUCAAUCAAACAUCUGCUCUCCUCUGCUUGCUUGCAAGUGCUCUGAAUUUGCAACAACUUCAUAUCGAGGCAGCUUCUACAAACAAUCCAAACCAGGAACUACAACUUGCCAUCACUUGUGACAAUGAGCAUCGUGGUGCACCCACAAGUUCAAGCAAAAAAGGCAUUGGAUAUGGCUACAAAGCUGCUCCAGUUUAG